CAAUGUAGAAAGAGGUCAGCGUAAUUUCAAAGCAGUGUAUAUCCAUUUGUAAAUAAUCCAAGUCAGACUCAAAGUCCUCCAUGCAUAUAUAAAACACACACUUACAGUUUUGUCAUACCAAAGAUACCAUAAAUAAACAACACAACAGUCAUGGUGAUGGAUUUGAGCACUUCAAAAAUCUCUACAUUUUCUACUUCCUCUUGGUGGCUUAGAGGCAAGGUCAUAGGCAGAGGCUGCUUCGGCACCGUUAAUCUCGCCGUCAACAAAUCAGACAGCAAUCAUAUCUUCGCCGUCAAAUCAGUCGGUUUUGCCACUUGUAUCCCACGUCAGCUCGACUCGUUGGAAAACGAAAUUCGUAUCCUCCGCUCGGUUUCGUCACCACACAUCGUGAGGUUCCUCGGCGAUGACGUGACCCGAGAAGGAACCGGGUCGUUCCGGAACCUUCAUCUCGAGUACAUGCCACGUGGAACUCUCGCUGAUGUGGCGGGUCAAAACCUCGAGGAAGAUACGAUCCGACGGUUCACGUGGUGUUUGGUCUCUGCUUUGAAGGACGUCCACACGUGCGGCUUCGUCCACUGCGAUGUGAAGGCGAGAAACGUUCUGCUUGGAGAAGAACCCGGUUCUGCUAAGCUCGCCGAUUUCGGUUCCGGUUUAGAUAUUCGAACCGGAAACCAAACCGGGUGCGAGGCACGUGGUAGUCCACUGUGGAUGGCGCCGGAGGUAGUUCGCGGCGAAUGCCAAGGCCCCGAGAGCGACGUGUGGUCUCUUGGCUGUACGAUCAUCGAGAUGGUCACCGGAGAACCGCCGUGGAAUGAAGACGGAGCUGAGACUCUGAGAACGAUCGGAUUCUCCGACGAGCUACCGAAAUUUCCGGCGAGGUUAUCGGAAAAUGGCCGGGACUUUCUGGAGAAAUGUCUGAGGAGAGACCCGAGCGAGCGGUGGAGCUGCGAUCAGCUGUUGCGACAUCCUUUCCUCUCGUGUUAUGCUCUGUCGGAAUCUCCGCGGCAUGUAUUCGACUGGGUGGACUUGGUGUUCGAGGAAGAAGAAGCAGUGGUGAGUGAGUCAGUGUCGUCCGAGUCGAGUUCGAAUAUCGCUAGGGAGAGGAUCGGUACUUUGGCGAUGAGCAGAGGGGUAAUCUGGGAAUCUGAUGGUUGGUUGGUGGUUAGAGGUUCGGGGACACGUCAGCUCGUUCGUGAUUCUUCAUGUACGGAACUCGUAACGGUGAGGAAUUCGACAAGUUCAUCGUAUAGUUAUAGUCCGACGUGGCAGAUAGCUAAAGGGAAGAUAACAUUUUGUUCACACAACGUUAGAUAUAUGUGGUGGCAAAAUCGUAAAUACGUGGAAGUUAAACGUACGGGCGUGAAUGCACCGCCGCAGUGUUGUGACCGUGAUGUGCCUCAAAACGCGGAUUUGGAUGUACCCGACCUAGCGAUAAUAGUCGCAUGUAGUACAUUAUUGUGCAUGUGUUGUGCCCAAAUGUUCAUAAAUAAAAUAUUUUAUGUUGGCAAUUUUUGUUCUCUAUACACGGCCACACAAAUGUUCACUAAUAAAUACGCAAACAUAUCUAUGACAAGUGGCAAUAAAGAAAAGCAACAUGUGUCUCAAAGAGUGGGAUCAUUCAUGAAUAUUGUAUAUCUUAAGCUACACAAUAAUGACCAGUUUUAG